AUGUCAUUUGGGAUCGCAAAUCGGUCAAAUCAGAUGAGCUUCCUGCCUGCGCCAAACCGCCCUGAUGCCCGCCCCGGCACUCGUUUUGGUCCGCUCCGGUCAGCUAUGAUUAGGGCCCCAAGCCGGUGGUUGGAUGUUCAAAGCUAUGGCAUGGGAGGGCUGUUUCUAAAUGUGUGGACCGGGGUGCAACCUUGGUUUGACGGAUGCGGCAUGUGA